AUGGAUUCAAUAAAGCGUCGCAGGCCUCGCUCACCUUCUCCUGCUAUUUACAAAUUGGAUGAUGAAGACGGCUCGUACGAACCAUAUGUUCCGAUAGCACAGCGCAGGCAGGAAAAGCUCGCCCGAUUGUCGUCACUUGGUGUGAAUGGGGAAAAAUUGAACGUAAAGAAACUACAAGAGGAGCUAGAUGAACGAGAAGAUGCUCAGCGGGAAGAGGAAAUAAGGAGGGAAAAGGCUCGCAAAGAAAGGACUCUAUUACUCGAAGCGCAAGAGGUUCAUUCGCGGAAAGCUGCUGAAGAUUCGAAGAAAACUGCAAAUGAAAAGGCAGAAGAGGCUGAUGCGGAGAUUCUGGAGGCGAUUAAAAGUAGGAGGAAGCUCGCUUCCGACAUGGAAUUAGCGAAAGGGAUUCAAUACAUGGAACCUCUGAAGACGAGUUGGCGCCCUCCUCGCUACAUCAGGGAACGUAAGCCGGAGGAAGACAACAGACUACGAGAGAAAUACCAUAUCCUGGUUGAGGGUGACGAUAUCCCUCCCCCCAUCGAACACUUCUCAGAUAUGAAAAUCCCGGAGCCAAUUGUGGAACACCUUCGAUCGAAACGUAUCGUCAACCCGACGCCCAUUCAACUCCAAGGUAUUCCAGUUGCAUUUUCAGGACGCGAUAUAAUAGGCAUCGCAUUCACUGGAUCCGGUAAAACCCUUGCCUUUUGUCUUCCCCUCAUCAUGAUGGCACUCGAGGAAGAGAUGAAGCUCCCGUUUAUCCGGGGUGAGGGUCCUGUUGGCAUUAUCCUGUGUCCCUCGCGUGAAUUGGCGAAUCAAACUUACGAAAAUGUCGUGACCUGGUGUGCGGCGCUUGCGAAGGACGCCAAAUAUCCGCCACUGAAUGCUCUGCUUUGCAUUGGUGGAAUUUCUAUGAACGACCAGAGCCACGUCCUCAGCAAAGGCUUACACAUUGUUGUUGCGACACCCGGACGGUUGAUCGACAUGCUGGAAAAGAAAAGGUUCACAUUCAACAAUUGCAAGUAUCUGUGCAUGGACGAAGCCGACAGAAUGAUCGACCUCGGUUUCGAAGACGACGUUCGAACCAUUAUGAGUUUCUUCAAGAAUCAACGCCAAACCCUACUCUUCUCUGCCACCAUGCCAAAGAAAAUUCAAGAUUUCGCGCGUGAAUCACUUAUCAAACCCGUUCUCGUCAACGUUGGUCGUGCUGGUGCCGCCAAUCUUGAUGUCUUGCAAGUUGUGGAGUACGUCAAACAAGAAGCUAAGAUGGUUUACCUCCUCGAAUGCCUCCAGAAGACCCCACCACCUGUUAUCAUUUUCAGCGAGAACAAGAAUGAAGUAGACGAUAUACAAGAAUACCUGUUGUUAAAAGGGGUCGAGGCCGUUGCAAUCCAUGGUUCCAAAUCCCAGGAGGAACGGCAAUACGCUAUCAAGUCGUUCAAGUCAGGUGCAAAGGACGUUAUGGUUGCUUCCGGAGUAGCUUCAAAGGGUCUUGAUUUCAACGAUAUCCAACACGUCAUUAUUUUUUCGAUGCCAAAGGAGAUUGAAGACUAUGUUCACCAAAUUGGAAGGACUGGCAGAAGCGGAAAAACCGGGAUUGCGACUACGUUUGUGAACAUGAACACCUCCGAACAAACCCUGCUUGAUUUGAAAUACCUCCUCAUUGAAGCCGGGCAAAAGGUUCCACCAUUCUUAUCUACCAUUGAUGAUCCUCGAGCAGCACAAGGGAACUCACUGACUGGCUGUCCUGUUUGUGGAGGGCUCGGCCAUGGCAUUUCGAAUUGCCCUAAGCUUGAGGAUGCACAGCGGCGGCAAAUGGCGUCGCACCGGACAGUAGACGCCGAGGGAGGGUAUUAG